AUGGUUACCGGGGCAUCCGCCUUCGGUAUUGCAACGCUCGGUAUAGGUGCUGUUAUCAGUGGUGCCGCCAGCGAAGUUGCCUUUAGGAAAAAAUUAGUUGAACUCAUUGAAACUUUACAACGCGAUGUUGCCAAUGUACAAUCGCAGAAAAACGAACGAUUACAGCAUUUGAAUUCGUAUUUUGAUCGUUUCGAGCAAAGUUUACGUCAACAAAGUAAUCCCAAUGCACAAGUCAAUCUGAUUUGGUACGACGAGAACAUCCAAAAUCCGGAAAACCAGUCUUUUGCUACGAGACUAGAACAAGAAUUUCCAUCGAAUCAAUAUUGUGUGGUCCAAUUCCACAACAGAGCUUUGGCGAUCGAUUUCAUUGAAUCCAAUGUUGAUCAUAAGAUGAUUUUGAUAACAUCGGGAUCAACUGGUGAAACUGUCAUUGCUGAUAUUGGUUAUUAUUGGAAUAUCAAAGGCAUUAUCAUCUACUGUAUGCAAGUAGAACAGCAUCGAUUAUGGAUUAACAGCUAUACAAGAAUAGUAUUGGUCACAAGUAACAGCAAUGCAGUAGUACAAAAAAUACGGGACAUUGAACUUGGUAAUAUCUAUUUUAUAAAUGCUGGCUGUUCGUUCCGAGAUAUAACACUAAAACUGGAAAACGCUGCUUAUUAUUUAUCAACCAAUGAACAAGGAUUUAUUAUCUCAAACUUGAGAUACAUUCACACAGAUGCCAAUUAUCACAGAAGUGUCAUGGAUCAAUUCCAUCGUACCAUCUUAUCAAAAAAUCUUUAUCCGGAUGGUAUUCCGUCUUAUUUCAAAUUGAACAACUUGCAUCUAUUGGCCGAUGAGUUUGCGCAGGCACUAUUACAUGCCGAACCUGUUAACCAGAUCAUUAAUCUGUAUACAGCACAAGCACCAUAUUACUACAAAAUCAUCAAUACGAUUCUAAAUCGAUUAGACGAAGAUUUAAUAUCAUUGAUGGCUGAUUAUAUCAAAGCAUUGCGCUAUGCUUUGUUGAUGUACGUCGAUAAAACAAAUCGAAUGCCAACCACUGGACAUACUACCGUUUAUCGGGGAAUAUAUUUGGCACACCAAAAUGGUUUUCAAGAAUUUCAACGAACGUUUCGAGUGAAUGAUAUCAUUAUCUUUCCAGCAUUCUCAUCCACGAGCCUGAACGAAACAAAAGCCAGAUCUUUCACUGAAGGACAUGGUGUCCUAUU